AUGCUGGUUAUUUGGCAGUCUUUAGAUCUUCACCUCCUGGAUCACUGCAUUUUUUGGGCAGCUUGUUCCCUUGGAUACUUUGGCUUUCUUUGCGCUUCGGAGUUUACCGUUCCCAAUUUGCCUAGCUUCUCGUCGUCCCUCCAUUUGGGUGUCCAGGAUAUUUCAGUGGAUUCGCCCUCAGCUCCAUCCUGCAUACGCGUCAGGAUCAAGGGCUCGAAGACUGAUCCAUUUAGGAAGGGCUGUUUCAUUCACAUUGGCAUUGGCAGGUGUCCACUCUGUGCAGUUCAUGCUGUAAUGAAUUACCUCACGCUUAGGGGAGAUGCCCCUGGCCCCUUGUUUUUGUUGCAAAAUGGACAGCCUCUCUCGCGCAACAUCUUGACGGAUUGGCUUCGACAGAUUAUGGCCUCGGCCUGGGUGCCGGGAAACUUCUCCAGCCAUAGCUUUCGCAUAGGGGCCGCUACUGUCGCUGCUCGCAAUGGAGUACCUGACCAUUUAAUUCAAUCAAUGGGCCGCUGGUCCAGCAAUGCUUAUCAGCUUUACAUAAGGAUGCCAGCUGAAGCUUUAGCUGCCCUCUCCAUCAAGUUGGCCUGA